CAUACUUCUCACAAAAUCCGUCCUUCAACUAAUGACAUGCAAAAGCAGCCAAACAUCACUUCACGACAGUGUCGCAAAUAGUGCUGUACUCAUUUGUAGCUAGGUACUCCAUGGAAACGAGCUCGCGGCCGGAGUUUUGUUUACACUCAUGGGGAGCCAACAGCUACGGGCAGCUGGGACUGGGGCAUGUGGAGGACGAGUCAGAUCCCCGGCUCUCCGACAUCGCUGCUCUACAAAACAAGGCAGUGCGAGCUCUCAACGGCGGCGGGGGUCACUCCGUGGUUAACACCGAGAAUGGAGAGGUUUUUGUGUGCGGACAGAAUCACAGAGGCCAGCUGGGACUUGGCCACAAUGAAGACAUCUCAAUUCUUCAACUCUGCCCCAGUCUAAGUCAGAGGGUCACAAACGUAGCCUGUGGUUGGGAUUUUACUCUUUUUCUCACUGAUUGUGGUCGAGUACUGGCGUGUGGCUCCAAUGCAUUUGGACAACUUGGUGUUAGACAGAGAGUCACACACUCUGCAAAUCCACUGGUGAUUGAGAGUCUGAAGGAGCCAAUGGUGAGUGUAGCAGCAGGACUCAGACAUUCACUAGCUGUUGCUGACUCAGGCUGUGUUUAUCAGUGGGGAAGGGGUCUUUUCAGUCACGCUAAGAGAGUUCUCAGUCCACGCCCUGUCCCAUCACACCUGAGCUCUACAGUGCCCUCUCUGGUACCAGGUCUGGAUCACAAGACCUCUCACAUGGUGACUGCUGGCUUAGCGCACUGUGUGUGCCUUACAGGAGACGGUGAUUUGUUCCUGUGGGGAAGCAACAAGCAUGGCCAGCUGACCACCACAGAGCCCUUCCUGUCGUCCCCCACCAUUGUGAAGCGCUCACUGCUGGGUGGAGAGAAAGUUAUCCAUGUGUGGAGCGGCUGGACGCACAUUAUUACUCAAACAGAGACUGGGAGAGUGUUGACAUGGGGCAGAGGAGACUAUGGACAGCUGGGCCGACAAGCAUCGACCAGUCAGAACCCAGAUCGGCAGUCAGCUGGGCCUUCAGCAGAAGGUGGAAACCAGAUGGCUUGCCUCCCUGAAGAGGUCAAAGUCCUCUGUGGAGCGACACAGAUUGCAUGUGGAUCUGAACAUAACCUUGCCAUUGUAGGUGGGUGUCUCGUCUCCUGGGGCUGGAACGAACAUGGAAUGUGUGGAGAUGGUUCACAGACUGACGUCGUUCAGCCACAGCGCAUUUCUGGUCUCAGACCUCUUCUCAUUGGCUGUGGAGCCGGACACUCUAUGGCAGUGUGUGCUGCGACGACUGACUCACGACAAAACUCAGCACUUACUCCACUUCAGUAACAUCGGAGCAGGGGUGUUUAUUCAGCAUGUGGCAAUCAGAGGCUAGAAAAACACAAUGACUAUGUAUGUGAAUUAACAUAUUUCUACGGUGGCUUAUUGGUGCUCAGCAAAGCCCACAUAUGAUUAUUUUAAGUGCCUUUAAAUACACAGUAACUUUCACCUUAUAAUAGACUACCUGAGCUGCCCAGACAUCAUAAAUACUGUUGUGUGGUUGGACACAAGCUGAGUUAUGUAGUUAUGUUACAUGUGGCCAUCAUUUCUCUGACCAGCCCAUCAUACUGAUGGACAUGUUUGGGGUCUGCAGGACAUGGCCACGCAUGGUCCACCUGCCAUGUUUGUCUUCCUAAAUGACGCUGUUAUGGAUCAUGUGAGGGAUGGGCCAGACUGGUGCUAUAGCUCCAUCUUCCCAUGUCAGCGGUUUUAUUGCAGUGAUCCUGAGUGUCAGGAGGCAGUCAAUCUCUGCAUUUCACACUGAAAAUCUCUCAGCCAUCUCAUGAUUUACCACUUAACACAUACAGUACAAUAUUUUUUUCUCUGGCAACUGUCACUUAUUUAUAUUCUUGUCGGUCUAUGUCAUAUACUUUUGACGUGCUUGUCUGCAGCACUUUCAUACUGUAUACUUCAUUAAUCUCUAUUGGAGGAAAUUUGUCUGCUGCAUUUGGCCAACUUACAUAUUUAUAAGCUGUGUGCGCCCGCAGUGCAGCACCCGGGGACUAACUGCAGGUCUGUGGUAAAUGACAAGACUCGGAAUGGCUCCUGGAUGAUGUUUUUGCAAUUUAUUUCAUUAUUUUUAUUUAAAAACUUUUUUUUACUCAUGGUUUAUGCAAGUCAAAUAUGUACAUCUGUAUCACUGGAAUUAUGCAUUAAUGAAAGUUAAAUUUAUGUGCUUUUACCUGGAAUUAUUUUGAAAAAAAUAAAUCAACACUCCUUGAAAAAUGA